AUGAGUAUAACUGAAUUUUCUGAUGUUGUAAUUUCAGAUUCAGAAGAUGACGGUGCUCAAUCAACCAAUAUCCUCUUCAAUAUAACCGAAGAUUUGGAUGUAGAUACCUCAUCUGUCGAGAAUGGUGAUACAGAUGCCACAGAGGAGGCCAAUGUUACUCAGACAUCCCAUACAGUAAAUGACGGUAAUGUACCUCUCAUGAAAGCCAAUUAUGAGGCAGGUGAGCUUCCCACCUAUGCAGGCUCUAGAUGGUCUCUGAGGAAAAGAAAGGCCAUCCAAAAGAUGCCAUAUAGUCUCGAAAGGAUAAAACAUAGGCAAUUACUGGAAGGAUUCGAUGUAUCUUCGUUUGAUUUUGUAUCCAACCAAGUAAAUUUACCAGAUAGGAUAUAUACAGCCGCCAAUGAUGCUGCUCCAGUGACAGAGGCGACGCUCAAUGGCGACCUACAGUGGGAAACCGCAGAUGAGCAGAGCAGCUCGUCAUUCGAGGAAGGCCAAAAAUUGCAUGACACUGAAACUUUGCCAGAAUAUAGGCGAUCUUCAAGUAUACGGCAACAUGAGGUAACAGAGCAAGCUAGUGGAGAGUCCGACCAAAAUUUGACCUCAGAAGACGAAGUUGAAUUGAAUGAAGUGGUGUUUCGAGGUAGAAAAAUUAACGUUAAAACAGGAUACAGAGGAAUAUUGCCCAAAAUGGCCUGGAAAAGAGAACUGAAAAGAGGUAAGAGUAAAAAUAGCGGGCAGUCACUUCGAAAUCAUGAAGUUACUGGAAAAAAGGGUAUUGCAGUUAGGAAAACGGUGAAAACCGUCUUAACAAACCAAGAUGACGAUCUAAUGAAUGACAUCGUCGCUGAUGGAAAUUAUAACAGUAGCAUUGAAUACGAUCCAGCAGAUUUCUAUCUAAAGAGAGAUCAAAAAGAUUAUUUGCAUGACAACGAUACAAUCAAUGAGGUUAAUCGUUAUUAUCAAGAUAAAUAUAAUGAUAAAUACUUACUGCUGGAUUCUUCAGACGAAGAAGUUUUGGAAGUGCAACCAGUUAUUGCCACGAAUAAAGGUUCUGUUAAUGACGAAGCAGGGCUAAGCUUGAUGCAUUCAAGGACGAAAAAUGCUCUUUCAGACCUUGUAGAGAUAAUGUCAGAUGAUAACCUCCUUGAAGCACCAGAAUCUGAUCGACAAACUUAUCUCAUUGAGUCUGGUGAGUACAACAGAGGUGAAAUUGACCCCGGUUUAGCUCAUCGAAAAACUAGGAACAAGAGAAGGCAUAAUAAUGGGAGAACCUCUACUAUAGACAAUUACUUCCAUACUAAGGAUAGACCUAUUCGCUUGACAAAAAUAUCAAUAAGGAAUACGUCAAAUAAACCGAGAAUCACAAGAUAUACUCCACAAACUGUCCAUAGGAAGGCUAGUAGAACUUCUGAGGGCGAGAUAAAUAGUAGAAAAGGCCAGAGUUUAGGACUUAACUUUUCAAAAAAAUCAUCUGAUGAGAACACCAAGAAGAUAAAGAGUAAAAGAAGGUCAGACAUGACCAUAAAAAAUCCAAUCUUCACGACCGUGGUAGAAGCCCUAGGUGACAAAAUAAUCACAAUGCAUCAAAAAGCUUCCAAAGUUAGUUCUGAAUUUGAUCAUAUCCCUGAAGAUAAAAUUACAUAUGUCGAUUACAAGCUACCUGCCUUGGAAGCAUUUUAUUCCAAUAACGCGAUUGAUCCUCCAAAUUUAUCCAGAAUAUUGAUAUCCGGUAAAAGCUACACGCUUUCGCGUUUCAACUCUCUAGAGACAAUCAAUACUAUCAAUCAAAUUUAUGACGCUAUUAUCGAAGUGGGUGCUUCUGAAAAGGAGCUAAUUGAUUCAUGCAAAACUAUGAGUACUUUCAUCUUACAUUUAAACUUACCAACUUUGUAUGAAGCCACUGCCGAAUUCCAUAAAAAGUUCUACAUAAAGGUAAACAAGAUGCGAAAGAAAACUAAAUCAAUCUUUUUCUAUGAGUUGUCUAGUUGCCAAUGGCUGCUGCUGCAAAUAUCAAAAUUUACUAACAUUUCCAACUCAAAAAAAUUACAUAUUGAGACAGAGAUUUUGCAUAAUAUAGUGCACUUUUUCAAAGCACUUUCUCGUUUUGAUGAAGAUGCUUUACAAAAAGAUGAUGAAUGCUUUUUUGAAAGUUAUAAUAUUUUAGCUACAGUUGUAGAUAUUCUGGGGAAGAAAGAUGAUUUAUGGGACUUGCUGGAAGAACAAAAGUUCUCACCACAGCUUUCAUUUAUAAUUUGCAAUAUAUUUCCUACAAAGCAAGAAAGAUGGGGUAUUUUAGAGGUGAAGGAAAAGUAUACUGAUUUUGUACAAUCUUUUAGAUUUACAAAAUACUGUAUUAGUUCUUGUCAUUGGCCGAUCACCGAUGAUAUUCUCUUAUUGUAUGAUCGCAUCUUUAAGAAGCGUAGAUUUAAUGAUUUCCCUGAGGAACACGUAUUUUCUAAAAGAAACUAUGUAGUGUCCUCUCUGGAGGCAUCUAUCCCAAAUGGUACAAUGUUUAAUAAGUAUCUAACGCUUUUGACAGUUUCAAACAUCUCCCAAUCAAUGCUGGAGAGACUAAUCCCUAUAAGUGACAUUUCAAAAGAGGACACAGCACCAACUCUGAUUAAUAGAAUGAAUCUGAUUCUAAUAUUAGCCAGUAGGUCAAACACCAACUUGGAGAAGCGGUUCGAAAAAAUAGCCAAUGAAUUAUUGACGGUGAGCUAUGCAAAAUCACAUGAAUUGAAAAACCAGAAAAGAUUAUACGAAGCUUUCCUGAACGGUAUCAUAUUUCUUUUAGAAAACAAUAGUUCCAAAAAUCUACCUUUAAGAGUCAGGUAUCUUUCUCUCAUCUAUAAGAACUUCAUUCAUAACAAACCAGAGAUAGAAUUGGUUUGGUCUGACUUUCUAAAAAAACUGUCUGGAUCUUUAUUAUUAGCGAAGAAACACAGAGUAAAUAUUUUGAGAGACUUAUACCCGAACUUAGUUUUGAUGGUUCAAAGAGAUACAGUUGACAAAGACGCUUUCAUGUUAAUGGGGAUGUAUAUCAAAUAUCUUGACGCUUUCAAAGCAGCCUGGAUCCAAAAUUCGUUGCUUCCACUAAUAAAGAACAAAGCAAACACCUCCAUUGAUUGGGUUCACUACUACUGUAUCAUAGGCAAAUGCCUUGUUAUGAAAGAUGCCACAACAUGGUGGUCUUUUUAUACUUAUAACGGCUUAGAAGAUAAUCUUUCAAUUAAGAUAUUUUUCAACUACAAGGUUGUUCUUCUCUGCGAUGGCUACUCUUUCGAUCUUAUUAAAAAAUCUGUGUUCAGCUUCAUAAGUAGUCUUUAUUUUCAAGAAAGUUCUACAAAUUAUAUGAAGUUGUUACAAGCUUCUCUUAAACGUGAGAAUGGCAAUGUAGAAGGCAGUAUUAGUUGUGAAAAUAAGCUAGGGUCUCUUUUUUUCUUGAAACUGCUAUUCAGCUGCUUUCAUAAACUAAAAUAUUUCGAUGUGAUGAUACAAUUCGUUGACAAUAUUCAGGCAUGUUACGAAAGUGAAAAAUUGAAUCAGGAAUUUGUAGAGGAAACGAUCCAAUACCUAAAUAGCCGGUAUGUUGAUCAACUUAAGGACUGCUAUUCAUUCUCGUUGCUGACAAGAAAAUUCGGAAUUUCAGAUAUUGAAAGAGAAAAAAGUAUUUUCAGAGAUCGAAUUGAAGUUAUGAAAGAUAAUGGUGUCAGAGUUCUCUACAUAUUUCAAAAUCUGAACGCCGUAUGUUCAAAUGAAGAGCAAUUACAGAGCUAUCAUUUAAAAGUUACCUCCCUAUUCUAUGGGUCGAAUUUUAAGAAUCCAAUGUCACUCUUUUCGGAUAUCAUAAAAGGCAUGAUUGGCGUGACGAACCCAUCCUUUCGCAAAUAUACAGAGGCGUACCUGGCAUAUUUUUUGAUUUUGAUUAAUAAUUAUAUAUCAGCAGAGUUUUCUCUAUUGACGCCGAGAGACUUUUUGACUAUCUGUCGCCUACACAAGAUAUUAUGUCAAAAUCUAAGUUCAGAUAGUACUAUCCAGGGUGGCAAUUACAUUCUGAAGAAAGCAUGCCUAACAUUUCAGCUUCAAGCCUUGAGGAUCUCUAAUGGAUUUUGGGAACAUGAAAAGUUACUGAAACUGACAAGGGAUUACUGCUUAUUUACAAAAAAAUCAACGAACGUCCCUCUUCCCGAACUAUCUGCUCAAAUAGAGCAAAUUUGGACCAAAAAUGGUUGUGCGGGCGUCGAUAAUUUAACUAAACUAUAUUCUUACGAUGAUUUGACAGUUGCUAAACUAACUGAAAAAUUAUCAGCAUAUACUGGGCUAACGUAG